AUGUAUAUAUACGACACUGCUCAUGAAAUAGACAAUCGGAUGAGAGAAAGUGAAGCACUAAACAGAGAUGUGGUUGAAAAAAUCCAACAAAUCUUGAAUCAAUAUAAUCCAUUUGUGCAAACAUUUCACCACCUUGCGCAACGUCAAGAUUUGCAAAGUUGUAGAUUGAUUAUCAAGGAGCAGCCCACGAAUCAACGACAAUAUUGUCUACCGUCUGCAUCUCAGGUUGCUGCAAUCAUAGUAAGUGGUGAAGGAUCAGAAAACAUUAGAGGUCGAGAUAUUGUUGUGCAAACUACGGAUGGUCAACUUAAGAGUAUCAAAGAUUGUGUCGGCUACUAUGACCCUUUACAAUAUCCAUUGUUAUUACCUUAUGGAACGUACGGAUGGGAUGUGAAUACUCGAAAUAAUACCAACAGAAAAGUGACAUGCUGUGACUAUUAUUCGUAUGUUCUUCAGAUCCGUCAACAUGAUGAAUCGCUUCUACUUCGUGGUGGCCGCCUAUUGCAGCAAUAUGUAGUUGACAACUACGUAAAGAUCGAAUCACAAAAGCUUAGAUGGAUGCGUGAUAAUCAACACACAAUUCGAUCUGAAUUUUAUCGAGGACUACAAGACUCAUUAAUUGCAGGACAAAAUAAUGCAGGAAACAUUGGUCGUCGUAGGACUAUAUUACCAUCAUCUUUUGUUGGUAGUCCCCGUGACAUGUAUCAAAGGUAUCAAGAUGCAAUGACUUUGGUGCAAAUAUAUGGAAGACCAGAUAUUUUCCUAACAAUGACAUGUAAUCCAAAUUGGGAAGAAAUAAGUGAUGAGCUACUACCUGGCCAAGCACCACAAGAUCGACCAGAUUUGCUUACAAGGGUUUUUCGUGCAAAAUUCGAACAGUUGAAGAAUGAUGUUAUAAAAAAAAGUGUUUUAGGCAGAGUUCUUGCAUAUGUAUAUGUCAUUGAGUUUCAAAAGCGCGGUCUCCCCCAUGUUCACAUGCUUCUCAUGUUAGAAGAAAAUGAUAAGCUUAAUAGUCCAGAUGAUUAUGAUCAGAUGGUACGUGCUGAAAUACCAAUUCCAAAUGAAGAGCCUAAAUUGUAUGGUGCCGUGUUAAGGCAUAUGAUACAUGGUCCAUGUGGAAUACACAACUCACGAUCACCCUGUAUGAAACGUGGUAGUUGUAAACGAAAUUAUCCUAAGCCAUUUACACCAACUACAGUUCAAGGAAAUGAUUCUUAUCCAGUCUAUCGUAGAAGAGACAAUCAUAAUUCAGUCCCAUUAGAUCAAAAUGCACGUAUAAUGGUGGAUAAUCGGUGGGUCAUUCCGUAUAACUCAUGGUUAUUCCUCAGAUAUGAUUGUCAUAUUAAUGUUGAGAUUUGUUGCAGCAUUAAGAGUGUUAAGUAUCUGUACAAAUAUGUUUAUAAAGGUCCUGACCGAGUAGCUUUUGAAGUCCAUCCUGAACCUAUUCAAGAUGAAAUAAAGCAGUUUGUUGAUGCAAGAUGGGUUUGUGCACCUGAAGCUUUAUGGAGAAUAUUCAAAUUUGUAACUAAUCGACUUUAUCCAUCGGUGGAACGAUUACAAAUUCAUCUCCCUGAAGGACAAACUGUUCAUUUUUACCCUCACCAAAGAGUAUCAGAUAUUUUGGCAGAUGACACAAACUCGAUGACUAUGUUGACAGAGUUUUUUACCAAGAAUACCACUUGCCCGGAAGCACGACGAUACUUAUACCGGGAGUUCCCUGAACGGUUCAGAUGGAGUCAUAGAGAUAAAGUCUGGAGUGAGAGGAUGAAUAACCAUAAAGUUAUUGGCCGAAUAUAUGCAGUUUCGCCAAAUGAGGGUGAAAAAUUCUACUUACGCAUCCUUCUUAAUCAUGUUAGAGGACCAACAUCAUUUGACGAUUUAAGAACAGUCAAUGACAUUGUACAACCAACAUUUAAAAAGGCAGUGGAACAACGAGGUUUGCUAGAAGAUGAUGAUAGCAUCAGACAGUGUCUUCGUGAGGCCUCUAACAUUCGAAUGCAUUCAGCUUUACGAAGGUUGUUUGUUACCAUCUUGGUUUACUGUGAACCGCAUGGAGUAAGAAGAUUGUGGGAUGAAUUUCAUUCAUUUAUGGUAGAAGAUUAUUCUGUCUCAAGUACCAUAAAUAAUACUUCUAUCUUAAACAAGCUUUUGCAAGACUUGAAUGGGCUAUUAGUGCAACAUAGUAAGUCUGUAUCUGAUUACGAUCUACCACAAAUAACACAAGAUUGUGUUAGACACAACACACUUCCAAGGAUAAUACAAGAUGAAGUUUCACUUGACAUCUCUGAAGCAGACCUCAAUGCGGUACAUAAUCUAAAUGAAGACCAAAUGGCAGCGUAUAAUUCGAUUGUGUCUGCUAUUGAACGUCGAGACAAUGCCAUAUUUUUUGUGGAUGGUCCUGGAGGGACGGGAAAGACAUACUUAUAUUGUGCUUUGUUAGCAACGUUAAGGAGCAAAGGUCAUAUUAUUCUGGCAAUAGCAACAUCUGGAAUUGCAGCAACCAUAUUGCCAGGCGGAAAGACAGCACACUCUAGAUUUAAAAUUCCCCUCAGUCCAGAUGCAUCUUCCACGUGUUCUAUUAGUAUCCAGUCAGAUUUGGCAGAAUUGAUAAGAAAAACAUUAGCUGUUGUUUGGGAUGAAGCACCAAUGGCACACAGGUUUGCAUUUGAGACACUUGAUCGAACGUUCAAAGAUAUAAUAGGUGUUGACCUGCCAUUUGGAGGAAAGGUCAUGAUUUUUGGAGGAGAUUUUCGACAAGUUCUUCCAGUUGUUCCAAAAGGUACAAGGUCUGAAUUGAUGCAAGCAAGUAUGAUUAAUGCUUCAUUUUGGGGACAUGUGAAAAUCAUUCGUCUUAGGCACAACAUGAGAUCCAUCAAUGAUCAAGAUUUUUCAGAGUUCUUACUUCAUGUCGGUAAUGGGGAACAAGAAACUAUGAUAGACGACAUGAUGCAAUUACCAUCAUCUAUGGUCAUUCCAUGGAAUGGUGAAGAAUCCAUUGUCCAAUUUGUUAAUGAAGUUUUCCCUGAUUUGGAAUGUCAUGUAUGUGAUUCAAGAUACUUGGUGGAAAGGGCAAUUAUAACUCCAAAAAAUGAGGAUGCUGACAAGCUUAAUAAAAUGAUCAUCGAUAAAUUUCCAGGGACUGAACAUAUCUUAUACUCUUUCGAUUCAGUUGAGGACGAUGUGAGAAAUUUGUAUCAACAAGAGUUCUUGAAUUCAAUCUCACCUGGUGGAAUGCCCCCUCAUCAGUUAACUUUGAAAAAAGGUGCCCCAAUAAUGCUUUUGAGAAAUAUCGAUCCGAAGAUGGGGUUGUGCAAUGACCACAGAAAGCGCAGGACUCCCAUUUGA